CAGCUUAUUCAUGAUUUAGCGAUUUAAUGAACAACAGAGUUGAAAUAUCAUGUUAUCCUAAAAUAAAUGUUUUGAAGGAUAAAGGUUAUUCAUUCGAGGAGCUUAGAGCUACGAACUAUCACAUAAAAGAAAUUUAUAAAGAUGUUAUUAGGAAAAAAUCGGACAAACUAUUUAUAAAAUGCAAUGAAGUUAAUGAGUAUUUGUUAAAACAUCAGGACUCGAUAAAAUAUAAUGUGAAAUAUAACAUAAAACUAAUUCAAAAGGAUAAAAACUUUUAUCAAAAUAUAUAUAAUAUUUUACGGUCAAAUAUUGAACAAAUAUAUGAUAAAUAUUUCAUCUCUCAAACAUAUGAUUUAUUGAAAUCAAAAACAAAUUUUAUACAAGACCAUACCAAACAUCAUAAAUCAUUUACCCAAAUGAGGGAUAUGCAAAUAAAAUUAUUUUUAGCAACCGAGAAGUCACAAUAUGAAAAGAACCCUACAUUUAAUAUAUAUUCUCAUAAUGGACAGAUUAUUCAUAAUUCUUAUGAAAGGCAAAAUAAAACCUCACCAAAUGAUUACAGUAAAAACUCAAUGGAUAUUGUCUAUCCAAAGCAUUAUCAGUCAUCUAAACUUCGAUCACCACUUCCAUAUAAUCCUCUUAAAGAUCAGAAAUUAUCCGACAACUUAACUAUCAAUGUCAGUUUUGACCUGCAAACCUAUGAUUUAUUCAUCAGAAAUUUUCCCCAAAAUUCGUUAAAUUCUUAUAUUAAAGAUAGGGGUAAAGGUCACCCCCACUACAAGAGAGUCAAAUUGUCAUCUUUCCAUGAAAUCCAUCCAAAUUUUUCACCUGAUUUUGAUGAUAAAAGGUUGAAUUCCCCCCGAAAUAGUGAUUUAAAGGAAAACCAAAAAUUUCCAAUCAAAAAUGUCCUUAAAAUCAACAAUCGUUCCAAACCCAAUCACGUGUCAAACGUCACUAAUUUCACAUUGAUAGACAUGGACCCAUUUGAAAAGACCCACAAAAUGGCAUUAUUACGCGAUUUGAGUAAUCCAUCCAAUGCCCAAACUUACAUUAAUUCGCCACCUAAUGGUUUUUAUUUCCAUAAUAAUAAAUCUUCCGCAAAUAUCUCCCAAAAUAAGAAAAUGAGUCUUGGUUUGAGUGAAAAGACUUAUAUUAAUGAACCACUAAAGCUAACGAAAGGCUAUUAUGACUUCAGAGAAGCAUGCCUAGGGUUUCAAUUGCAGAAUAUUAAGUCGGGUUUACUGUUAAACGUAAAACUUCCAUUUUCCUUUAUCGAAGAAUGUUCUCCUGAGAAUGUCAAGAAAGAAGGAUUCGGCAUGGAAUUCAGUUUGCGAAAGCUAUUAGGAGAAGGUGCUUUUGCCAAAGUGUUCGAAGCUCCAUGCCACUUUUACCUCAUCCAUUUAUCUAGUCAUGAUCCCUUUAAAUCUUUCAUCGAUUCGUCUGACCAUUCACAUCCUAAAAACAAUAAAAAUAACGAAAAAAAGGUAUCAAUCCCUCAUAAUAUCGAUAUGAAUUCCCUGUACCAAUUCCCUUUGCUACUUAGUAAUCACAAGUUUAGUAUAUUUGACCAAACGAGCAAAUUUAAUGGGAGCAUGCAAUCCGAACUUUUAGGAAAUUUUGCCGUUAAAAUUCAAUGCCCGGCUGACACCGAUUGGGAAUUUUAUAUUUACAGAGAGAUCAGGAACAGAUUACUUAAAUAUGAUAAUGGAUUAAAUAUACACGACGGAAGUGAUAUCGAUUGCCUAAAAGAUAGCCUACGAUUCUUUCCUAAAGUAUUCGCGGCAUUUAUCUACUCCGACAUCAGCGUUUUGCAGAUGGAAUUGUUCCCAAACGGGACGCUUUUGAAACUUAUAAAUUCCUACAAAUCCAAAGGAAAGACUAUGCCAGACACACUCAUCCUAUAUUUUGCUUGCGAAAUUUUGUGCAUGCUAAACUAUCUUCAUCACGAAUGUCAUAUACUCCAUACUGAUAUCAAACCCGAUAAUUUCUUGCUGGGGGAUUUCAGUCAUUUACAGAUCUUAUCAAGGGAAUUGCAAAAUUUUAGGAACACUGAUUAUUUUGCCAACCGGGAAGUCUUUGUAUUGAAGCUCACAGAUUUUGGUAAAAGUCUAGACCUCACAUUUUACUCGGAAAAUGCUCAUUUUAUAAAACGUAACAACCAAAGCGAUUUCCGGUGCGUGGAGAUGGAAUUGGGAAAACCCUGGCGAUUUCAUCUGGAUUAUCACGGAGCCAUGGGAACAUUGCAUUCUGCACUCUUCAACGAGUAUAUGAAGUUGGUUAAAUGUAACAAAGGGAAAAAUAGCUCAUAUCAAACCUUCAAAAUCUCCAAAACCUUCAACAAAAAAUCCCAGCAGCAUUGGGGUCAUUUUUUUACGACGUUUUUGAAUCUCUCGCACGACAAAACAAAUUUUUUACCCGACGCUUAUUAUCGUAAACUAAACUACGACUGGCUGGCCAAAUUUGGUGCCAUUCUUUACAACAAUGGAAAUGAGUCAAUUUUUCAAAAAGCCCUCCAAACUGUCCCCAAAUCUUACUAUAAGUUUUCCGCGAGUUAACGCUUAAAUGGUUCUCUUUCCCAGAUGAAAUUCAAACUUUUGGUAUCAAAUACCAGAUCUAAAAAGAUGGCGGAGAAUGCAUCAAAAGGGGAUAUUGAGGAAAUCCCUACUAUAGUGAAUGACAAGUUUGGACAAGCUAAAAGCGAUAUCACCAAUAUCAAUACUAAACUCGAUGCUACUACUUCGCAAAUCGCAGAAUUAAUCGCGCUUUUUAAUUCCCAGAAAGAAACAGAAGACAAAAAGCUUAGUGGCCUAUCUAUUUCCCCCGCUCAGUUGGAGAAGAGAAAUACACCUUUGGAGAACCCCUUUGCGUCCGGUAACAUGCCAUCCACCAGUAGGGACCUCAAAGCCUUUUUUCUCACCCCUGAACUUCCGGUUGACCUAACUAAAGAUUCGACAGAAUUCAUUCUAACCGAGUAAGAAAUCUGCACUUUAAACAUCCAAGCUGAAAGCGACAAAGGCAAACUGAUUAGAACAGCAAAACAUUUCCUCAACGCUAUUUGUUUAGCAGAGUCCAUGCCUAACUUCAAAGGAAGGGAUGUUUUCAAAUUCCCUGCCCUAAAAACGUACGUUAAAGAGAUGAGUAUGACCUCGUCUCUGGAAUACUUUAGAGCAGUUGCGUCCAAAUCCCAAAUAUAUGCCAAGUCCGUAACCUGGGGAUGGGAUAAAAUCAAGUAUGAGUCCCAAAACUCGAUAUGCAGAUUCGUCGGAGGAGCCCCACCGGAGUCACAGCCCUUUCGAGCAACCCUUGCUUACGGAGGUGGAGGAAAGCAGGGGCCGGCAACCAGAGAGAGAGACCUAGAACCACCGACGACGAUGACCCAGUGCUCUUCGCUGUCAAUCCCAAGGGCGGAGUCAAACGGGGAACAAAGCUUAACCAUAAAUGACUUCAUCCUCACCCUUUCCUUCUCAGCGCAACAACUGGGGAUCUCAGAGGCCCUGGCGCCCUGGGCGAACACCUGAUUUCGGCCCUUGAUAAGGAGCACAUCUGUCAAUGGAUCCGAGAUGUUAAGCGUCAGAUGUUCGAGCCCGCGGAAGGAGACGAUAUUGACACGGAAGAUGCAGAUACUUCAUCAACAGAUCUGCCCGUCACCGAGCAAUUCGAACAUGAAGGAGAGCCAUUCUGGACCUCUCUCAGUCGCCCUUAAACCGCAUUCCCUACAAUCUCAUUUUACCAGGAAGAUAGCGCAUAGAGGAUUUUGCCCCAAGUUUGACAACCAAGCCAUUGCUGAUCAUGGAGGCUACUUCAAAAAUCGAUUCAUUUGGUUGGCGGCCAGAUACCAACCAAUAAUUGACCAACUCUUAAAUGCGGGAGUGAUAGAGCAAACGGACACAGCCUUCUAUUCGCAGUUAUUCUUAAUACCCAAACAGGACGGUACAUUAAGGGUAAUCUCCGAUUUCUCCAACGUAUCGAGGAAUUUUAUUGAAUACCCUUUCCGUUUAAAGACCAUUCCCAUGAUAGCCCCUAUGUUAGCUAGCGCGAGGAAAGCCACAAAAAUAGACCUCAAGUCAGCCUUCUACUCAAUCCCCCUCACGCAAUCAAGAAGAAGAUUCUUCGGAUUCGCUACAUCGUCCAAUAAAUAUCGGUAUAAAACCCUGCCUAUGGGAGCGGGUUUUUCUAUGCCCUUCAGAACAUUGUUCUCGAUCUUUGCAGCAAAUCAGUCAAGCAAGCCAAUUAUUCAGUAUAUUUGGACGACGUCAUUAUAUUCCACGCCAACGAGAGACUAGUUUUUGAAGAUACCAUGGCAUUUUUGGAUAUGUCUACAGCUUAGGGGCUCACCGUCAACCUUACCAAGUCCGUCACCAUCCCAACGGGAAAAAUUAGCUCGGUAUAGACAUGGACUUUGAGAAUAAAACCGCCACGGUGGACCCAGAGAAUAAGAAAAGAUUACAUUUCUGUCAGCUGAUACUGUACAAGCACACCCUACAAGCUAUGUCAUUCGAAAAGGACAUAGCGAGGUCCUCGGAAUUCUAAAUCAUUAUACAUAUUCCAUCACGGGAUCUCUAGAGUAUUUGCACCUCAUUAUCAUACAAUGUUAGACACGGAGGAUAUGUCCCCAAUCGACUACAUUAGAGCCUACCCCAAAGAAGUAGCCGCGAUCACUGCGUUAAUGAAACCCUUCCCAUUUACCUUUCCGAUUAACACAAUAAUUCACGUCGACGCUUCAGAUACCCACCUAGGAAUAGGAGAGGGCUUUGAGGAUAAGGCAUCGUUUACCUUCGAUGAGGCUAAACUCUCUCUAGGGAUACCUGAGUAUUCUGCUAGCCAUAUCAACCAAAAGGAGCUCCUCGCGAUAUGGGUAGGCUGCAAAUACGGUAUGAACAAAUAUGGUAACAUGCCAUCGAUCGUCACGGAUAGCCAAGUAGCGUAUACGAUAAUUAAGAAAGGAGGAUCCAGAUCCCCGAUCUGUGAAACACUACUGACGAAAAUUAUGCUCCCGAUUGGUUUCGCUAAAUAUGUCCAAUUAUCAAGGAAUCUGACAUGGAUUGCCUCCUAAGAAAACCAAGCGGAUCAACCUAGCCGAGAAUGGAUUUUAGACGAACAAGCCCACAACGUACUUCAUGACAUCGAUGUGGAAGGUGUACCCCCAAUCGACCAAGGAUUACCGUGGAUUAGAGCGUUCAUCCCCUUUAGAGCCGAGGAAGAAGCAACGUUACCCGACGUCGUGGACCUCAGCACUAUCGGAGGAGAUUUCGACACAUCAUUGUUCAACAAAACGUUAGACCUCAUUCUAGAAGAUGAAACGAUAGCGUCGGAGGAGAUGCUUGCCUACGAGGAACAUACAACCCUCGAGGAACGCACCCCUCCCCCAUCAUAAAACCCCCCUUUUUGGUUUUACUCUACAAACCUAUUAAUCAUUCGAAUAAAUAUAUCAUUUUCGUUAUAUAAAUAUCAAAAAUUAUUGUUAUAAUUCUUGGACGAUAGUCUAAAUAAAGAUCGAUAGAUCCGCUGGAAACGGCUUACCGUGAUAACAGUAGCCUAUCCGUUCCAGCAUAGUUGCCAGGUAAAAACAAAGAGUAGUCUCACUCUUCCGCCUGAAGAAAAAAGGUCAUAUGCCUAUAAAUAGGCUGUGCAAGGAUAAUUGUUUACUUUUUAUAUUUUUAUUUAAAAUUUAACUAAUUUAUCCUUGCGUAUUACGGCGGAACACCUCUUCGUUUUUCUCUGGAUAACUUACCAGUUCGCAUCACCUAAGAAUACAUAUAGUCUUGAUAAUACAUGAUAUAAUAAUCGUUAUAUUCAUAAUGUUAUUAUAACGCGGCCAUUUGUAAUUUUAUAUCUUU